GUACGCUACAAACCCUCAGUUAGACGAGAGCUUUCGUGCUAGCAACUUCGUCCACGUCUACCGAAACUUUACAUCGCGUGCUUCGCAAUCUUUACGCGAGACGAUCGGAUUUUGUGCCUUUUUGGAUUUAAUCUGCAUCCUACGGAACAGUGCUAUACUCCGAUUGAUUUAGUGCUAUGUGCUGCAACUGUGCUUGUGCCAUUUUACUGUGAUUCAAAUAUUUGUUAUUGUGGAUUUAUGGGAAAUAUCAGAGUAAUCUCGUGAGGUCUAUGGACAGGCCUGGAGAAGAAGAAGAGCCUCCGCCAGGUCUGGAUAUGGAUAUGUGGGGCAUGGAGGCAGGGCCGGAUUGCGAUUGCCCCGGGCCCCCUCCGGAAUUUUUCAUGCCCCCCCCGCCUAGGCCCCCCUUCCUGCAACCUGCUGAUCCGGUACUGUGCACGGAAGAUCCGUUGCCUAUAGAAACGUGCGACGCCUUACCGUUCAUAGAUGCCGGCUAUAGAAGUAGUCAAUCAUUUCAAACUCCAGCUGUGAUACUUUUUAGUACUUUAAUCCUAAUCCUUGUCUGUAUAUUUGGAGUGUUCUUUUGGAAAAGGAAAGUACAAAACCUUCUCCCUUGUAAAAAUUCCCCCCAAAACAACUGUGAUGGUGCUACUGCUGCGGUGUACGAAGACCUUCCGGAAAUCAGGACGAACUCCAUACACCCCUACGACGGUGUAAGAAGACCUGGAGGCCACAUAGAGAUGAUAGACGUUAAAAACAACAUCCACUAUCCGAGUGGCUACCCCAUCUCGCAACAGCCACCUGUGUUCUUGUGCUCGUCUCCAGGUCCUGACCCUUACUGCUCCCAGGACCUCUACAACCCCGUCUACGAGGAGUUAAGCGACGCUGACAGCGAGUUAGCGAGGGCGCCUCACAGCGAAGACGAGUUCGCUGAGGACGAGUUAAGUCUGGGGGGCGAGAUGUCUGUCCCCCCUCCCCCUUACCGCCCCGACACGAUGCCCAGAAGGGACAUCCCCCGAUUCAGGAGGCAGCACGAACCUUUACCUCCAGUCCCGUGCGCGCAAACCAACAAACGCCACAGGAGUUUGGAUAGAAGACGACAGGAGUUCCACGAGGGUAUGUUACUGGAUGCUCUCCUGCAACUGUACCCCCGGGUGGGGAGUGUGGAACCUCCCCCUCAACGCAGGCAAAUCCCCAGCAUUACCCAAAGGGUUCAAUGCCCCUACGAGACAGUGCCGGUUAUAGGGCAUCUGGCCACCUUCAGACCCGUACCUAAACCCUAUUCACAAGACUCUGCGUUCGGGUCGGAUUCGGGCUACAGCAACCACACCAGCGGCACUCGAGGGUCAAACAGGGGUCGCAGAGACCCCAGGAGGUUGUCGCAACUCAGUGCUGACUUGGCGCUGACGUAGACUUUUGUGAUAAAGAUGUUUCUGCCAGUAGUAGUAUUACGACAAAUUACCAAAGUUCGUUGUGUACGAUUAUCAAUAUAUCAGUGCACGAAUCUACAUGCACAAGAAAAAUAGCCCGCUUAAACAUUCCAUAGUUUCCUCCAAUAUACAUAAACGAUAUCGCACACAACUUUGUAGAAAUUGUACAUAAAUUUUGGGCGACCAAAAUAGUUUUUCUAUCCUGCGCCAUUGUACAUUCUGUAUAUUUUUAUUUAUUUUUGUAUAUAUUAUUUAUUAAACACCCUUCAAACACUGAAACUUAACAUAAUUAGAUUUUCUACUUGCUUAAACAGUUUUUUGACACUGAUAUGUAUCUCACCUAAACCGCUUAAAUUCGUAGAAUUACAUGCAAUCGAUUCGGAUCGUAAAUUUUGUACUGCCGAUUUACAACCUAUAGGAAAAGUGCAUAUGACAUUAAAACAGUAGAUUUUGUAAUAGAAUCGUUUAGAGCGUUUGACUUAAAUUUCUGCCGAUAAAAAUAUAUAACAGGGUUCUCGUUUACGUUUAAUUUGUAUUCAAUAGAUAUUUUGUUUUAUUUUCAAAAAUGUUAUCAGUGUUUGCAAUUGACUAGUCGAUUUAAACGGAAUAUCAAAUGAAAACGUUUAUUGUUUUAGUUUUUAACCUACCAUUGUGAUUUGUAAUUAAAUAUUAUUUUUGUUAUUGUUUUUAUAAAUUGAAUGAUGAAAUAUUAAUUUAUGAAUAAAAAAC